GCACCCCUUUCUCGCAGUCGUCGCAAAAUCGUCGCAAAACUUUACUGCUGUUGCCAGACAUUUCUUGUUUGGGUCAAUUCGAAAAUUUAGUUUAUAAUUCAUAUUCUGCUUUGAAUGCUCUUUGAAAAUUGUCAAUGCGAUGCUAAUAUGCCGAUUACAAGUGAAAAAGGAGAACUGUUAAAUGGACUGUGCUUCCAAAAUGCACUAGAUUUAUUAAUGGAUGAUUCAAGUGACGAUGAAAAUGAGGAGGGCAUCAUGUUGGCCUUUACCAUCAAUGUUGUGGAAACACUUACAAAUCGACGAGCAACUCAUUUUUAUGUUCCUAAAACACAGGAUUGGACGCAAAGUGUGCUUGGGCAGUUCGAUAGCAACAGAUGUCGUCAGAUGCUACGUGUUGAGAUCGAGGAGUUCAGCUACAUCUUAUCGCUCAUCAAGGACGACAAGGUUUUCUCGAACAAAAAUGGCGUUCCUCAGCUGUCUAUAGAACGGCAAUUGCAGAUUGCCCUGUUCAGACUUGGUUCAAGUGGAGAGAGUGCAUCCGUUCGAAAAAUUGCUACAUUGUUUGGAGUUGGUGAUGGUGGCACAUUAAAUAUUGUAACAUAUCGUGUCAUAAAAGCGCUCAUUAAUUUAAAACACAAAUUUUUUUUUUUCCGUCAGAAACUGAGAUUAAAGCUAUCGUAUUGGUUAUGUUGA